UUUAAUGAGUUUAUCUUGGUUACCUGCACAAGCAAUAUGUCGGACGGUCAAUCAGGAAAAAAAGGCCCUCAGCCUAAAACUGGAUCUCCAAAUCAAGUCCAGCAUCAUGACGGACAGGGACCCCCUCCCCAGUAUUCAGGACAGUCUGGCCCAAUAACGGGUCAACCGGGACCUGGACAACCAUUUGGUUACCAUACCACCAACACCACUGUGGUUGUACAACAACAGGCCCCAACUCGACCUCCAAAACGGAACUGGAGCACAGGCGUAUGUGGUUGUUUUGAAGAUUUUGGAUCCUGCUGUGCCGUGUUCUUUUGUCCACAAUUUUACAUGUGUUACCUGUCCAAUAAGCUCGGAGAGUCAUGCUGUCUGCCAUGUGCAAUCUCUGGAACCGGUGCAUUGAUUCCUCUCCGAACCAAGAUCCGUGCAGAGAACAACAUCCAUGGCAGUAUCUGUGAUGACUGUUGUAUGGUCUGCUGGUGUCCACAAUGCGUCAUGUGUCAACUGUCACGUGAAUACGACAACAUCCAGCUGAACCACAUUCACUGACAUUUAACCAUCAUUGCUGUUACACCACAAUAUGUAUAGUGUUUUUGGGGUGAAACAUUAGAAUAAGCUGUGAUACUCUAUUUUGACAUAUAUAUUACAUAUAAAUGUAUCGUAAAACUGUUGAAUUUUUUUUAAUUUGAUCUUUCCAUUGUUGAUAUAGUAUUCCUUUUUCUGUGUAAAAAGCAAGAGAUUUUGUAUAAAAUUUAUAUGAUCAUACAUUUUUACCUAGUAUGGACCCAUAAUAAGUAGAAAAAUGGUUAUUUUUAAGGAAUUUCUUUGAAUUUUGUAAAACUUCUAGCAUCUCUUUUUUCUUUCUUUUUUGUGCUUGUACCCCCUUCCCCCCUUAAAACAUAUUCUGAAAAUGAGAUUUUUAUUGCUAGAAUAUUUGGAGAUCGCUUAAAUUUAUUUACAAAAAAGCAUCCAAGAAAAAAUGAUCAUAGUUGUUAGAGUUUUCUUAUAUCUUUCUUUUGUCGAAUUGGUUCUUAUCAAAUAAGUAAUGCAUUGCUAUUUUUAUUCUUGAAAAAAUCCCCUUUUAAAAAAGAUAAUGAUUAUAAUUUUCGUUUUCAAAAUUUCAUUUUUAACGAAGCAUCCUGGAUACAUGUAGUGGAUAUUCAAAUUGUGGCCACCGGGAGAGAAUUAACUGAAGAUAAAGAAGCAGAUCAGAUCAUAACUGAAAAAAAUGUCAAGAAGUUUUUUUCAGCACUUCAAAUCAGGAAUGCGAAAUCAUUAUUCGAGUAACCCUUUUGUAUAUACCCAGAAAGCAGAAAGUCCUUAUGAACUAAAGUGCUUUACCAGGUAACCUUGUAUGGAAAUUGCAUACACUGCACUAGAAAUAAAGUUUUGUAAACAACA